GAUCUUGAAGAUAAUAUUUUGAACAUUAAAGGUGAUCAUUGUCAUCUACCUGAACCAGAAGAAAUUCAAAUUCGAGUGUUCAAACAAGUUGUUAAAGCACGUGCUAUAAGUGAAAGUACACCUAUUCCACAAAUUUAUGAUGAGGAAGCAGCCCGAAUCAAUUUAUCAACAUUAGCAAUUGCUGCUUUACCAUCUCAGGGAGAACUUGUGUAUUUUGCAGCGUUUGUGUGUGUUUUUGCUCUGUUGCCUGAUCGAAAAAAACCUACAUAUAAAUAUUUAUUUCAUGAAUUACGUAAUAAAGCUGCUCAAUUAAAUAUGAAUUUUAAUCCAUAUACUAUUAUGUCAGAUUUUGAAGGAACAGUAGCUGAAAUACUUAAAAUUGAAUUUCCUAAUAAUCAACAUGUCGGCUGUUUCUUUCACUAUACACAGUCUAUAUAUAGAAAUAUCCAACAACUUGGAUUAUCUUCUCAAUAUGCUGCUGAUGAUGAAAUUAGAAAUACUUGUCGAAAACUUAUAGCACUUGCUUUAAUGCCUAUUUCAUUAGUUCUACAAGCAUAUGAUGAUCUUCAUGAUUCAGUUCUUGAAUCAUCAUCAACAACAUUUGAUUCCGUUAAACCUCUUUUUAGUUAUUUUGAGAACCAAUGGAUAAAAAAUGCAGAUAUUCAAAGAUGGAAUGUUUAUGGAUUACAUAUGAGAACGAAUAACAACGCCGAAAGUUUGAAAUAUUAA